CAGGACAAAAUCACACCCAAGUGCAACCCAGCUGACGCAAAAAUGGAAGAACAGCAGAGCUGCUUGAGUGACCACUUUACCGCCGUUUUGAUCGCGAACGUCGUGCUGCUGGUGGUCAACGGCAUCGUGCUCGCCAUCCUCGGCGUCAGCGUUUGUCGGCGGUCGAGCAAGCAGAGGAAGAGCAUGUCCUUUAUUGCAGAGAAGCCAAAAGAAGAGCCAUUUUACGAGCCGGUCAAAUACUGCACUCCAAAUGACGUGACCUACGAGGUUCCCAAGGAAGUUAACAGGCCGGUCGCAGAACCUGAGUAUGAGUACGCAUACGCAACUGCCGAAGAGGCCAGAACGCCGGCAGGUCCUGACUACCUGCCCGUCAUUGGAUGAGAAAUAUGAGAUUCAUUUCAUUAAAAAGACCGUCUUUGACGCAAAUUCUGUGCACACCAAUCGAUUCUUGAAGGUCGAAUUAGGCAAAGUGGAUAUUUUUCCGACCAAAAAGUGCAGCGCGACGUGCGAACUCUUUUUCCCGCCAAAAUAAUAUGAAUGCGAGAUUUGCGCAUGCGUGAGAGCUGGCUGGAUCUGACAAUGAAGUCAUUCGUACAGGCGGUCUCUCUGCAAGUGCUCAAACCAGCUCUGACGCAUGCGCAGUUCUCGCAUUCAUAUUGUUGUGGCGGGAAAAAGGUUUGCACCCUCGCGCUGCGCCUUUUUAGUCUUUAAAAAUAUCCAUUUUACCUAAUUCGACCCUCGAGAAUCGAUUGGUGUGAUCAGAAACUACGUCAAAGGCGGUCUUUAAGAAAAUAUUAUCGAUCUCCUGCUAUAUUUUAUGCCAUUUUUACUAUUUAAUUCUUCUGAUAAGAAAUUUAAGUACGUAAUAAAUUGAUAAUAGAGAAAAACAACUACACUAAUUGAGAUUCAUAAAAAUGUUUUCCAUCGUUAAUUGUGUUAUUACUUUUUAAUGGAUCGUUUUAUUUUUAGUACUGUUCGCCCUUUGUAAUGAUCUAUUUUUAUUUAAUGUUUUACUGUAUUUGACUCGAGCAUGAAUAAAGUAUAAUUUUUCGUUCUGAUUUCGUAUCUGAUUAAUAUAAAAUUCAAAUUCUAUGAUUUCGUUGUGAAAUUCCACACU